AACACACUGACGUUCGAAUUUCGAACGGCAUCAGUGCGGUCGUGGCUGCCAAUCGUGUCCAACCAAAAUGGCGGCUAGAACAGGUGACAGGUCGAAAUGGAGACGAAGAAAAUGCUCCAAAAGUCCUACGGAGGAGGAUAAUGAUUGUGCGAGCCUGGCAUGGCUGCUGAACUUCAGAUUGGACGAUUUCGUGAACAUCAAAGUGCCUGAUGACGAGCCUGUUGUGAAAGAGCCGAAGGUGGAUAUUCCUGAUACGCCACCGGCGCUAAAGAAACCGCCGUAUACAUACCCUGAGCUGAUUGAGAAGGCUUUGAGGGAGAAUGGAGAGUUAACAGUAUCUGCCAUAUACCAAUGGAUCUCAGACCGUUUCCCCUUCUACAAAGCGAACGACGAGCGCUGGAAGAACUCAGUUCGACACAACUUGUCUAUCAACCCUCACUUUCGUAAAGGCGCGAGAGCCCCUCAAGGCGCUGGUCACCUCUGGUCUUUGGCAGCCAACGCCAUAGACCUGCUGCCUCUCAGGAACAUGGUGUAUGAGGAGAAGAAGACUGUUGUUGAUGCUGUUGAGAAGACCAGGGUGCUCGGGUUCCCCAAGGUGAUCGUGCUCGAUGAGGCCGCAAUAGCAGCCGCCAGCAUCAUCCCGGACCAAGACUUAUUCACUGGGAGCACAAUGUUCUUAAACCCGGUGUCGACGGAGCAAGUGGUCAGGGAAAGUGGACUCAUCACGGUGGACUAGACGAUAUAAUAUUUGUGUCAAUUUAGUAUUAUUAUUGUACUGCGUGAACUUGGUUGGUUAUCAUGUUAAAGCGACACAACAUUUUAGAUAUUCAAAACAUGAUUUUAUCCAUUGACGUAACUUAGUGAUUCAUUUUUAGUUUGUAAAAGUUAUAAGUUGUUUCAAUUUUAAGUCUAAACUGAUAUAGUUUACUACAUUCCCUAGAUUCUAAUAUUUGCCUUAGCCAUACUGGUUUUAGCCAUACUGGUAUUUUUCAUAAUACUUAUAUAAUUGGCUGUCAUCUUUGAACAAGCAAACUAGGCAAACAUUGUAACGUUUUCGAUUUUAUAUCAAAAUGUGCUGUUUCUGUUUUUAUAAUUAUCUAUCUUCAUCAAUAAAAAUACAACAAAAAAAUGUUAAAUCGGUCCAGUAAUUCACACUAUGACCCAGGAAAAUAGGGCUCCGUAAAAAAAUCGCCUGUGUUAUCUGGUAAAUCGCUAAUUAAAUCGCAAUUUUGACACUAAUGUUUGUAAGUUAAGUUAACAUGAUAAUCAACAAAGUAUCGCCAGUGAUUGUUAAAUAUAAAUUAGUAAUUAAUAUACAAUUGAAUGCAUUAGAAUAAUUCGGCGAUCUCAUACAGCUAGUACGUAUUGUAAGGCUAUGUAUUUGAUAGUGAUGGUUUUAAUAA